UAGAUAGUGCGCUUAGAAGCCGCCAACGUUGAAAAAUUCACAGGUUUCGUGUUUUUUUUAAAAAGUUUACAUUUCCUCCUGAAAAGUCCAAAGAGCUGGCCACACAACAAGAGUUUUAUCAUAGUAUUUUGCACAACGCACAAGUGUCUUAUAUAUCUGUUUAUUGUUUUUUUUUCUCUGCCUUGCUAAGAUGCCCCUCCCUGGGCAAGAGGAGCCAGGGUGUGCCACCACCCUCUUAUUUUUCAGGGAAAGGAGCAUAGAGGAGACUCUGAACUGCUGCUUUGUCCCAGUCGCUAAUGGAAAAUAAUGUCUUCCCAGUGCCUGUAGGUGUGGGGGAGGAUGAUCCCUCCCCGACCCACCUGGGGGAUCUGCUUAGAGAUCCAUUAUCAGAACCCCCCAGGCAAGGUUCAGGCCACUGCAGCGUGGUGGCAUUGUAAAUUCUUCAAAACUCUUGGGCAAUUUAGAUAACAACAAGGAAAGGAAGGCUUUCUUGGGAACAGAAGCAGGAUUAGGAGUUCCUGGCCCAGGACCCUGGGGAUCUGAGGAGUCCACCUCCUUGGUCAGGGCUCAUAACCACGGUUGUUACCCCCACCGGCCUGGGUGUGCACCCCACCCCCACUACAGCUAUGGCCCUAGUCAGCAUCAAUGAACUGCCUGAGACCAUCCUGCUGGAGGUGUUCACAUACGUGCCUGCCCGCCAGCUGUUGUUGGACUGCCGCCCUGUCUGCAGCCUCUGGCGUGACCUCGUCGACGCUGUGUCCCUCUGGAAACGCAAGAGCCUGCAUGAGGGCUUUGUCACCAAGGACUAUGACGAACCUGUGACUGACUGGAAGAUCUUUUACUUUCUGUGCAGCCUCCGCAGGAACCUCCUACGUAAUCCAUGUGCUGAAGAGGGUAUGAGAUUCUGGAAAAUCGACAGAAAUGGAGGGGACCGUUGGAAGGUGGACAGUUUACAUGGACCCCAUGGGAAAGAUUUUCCUGACACCAAAGUCAAGCACUACUUCGUCACAUCCUAUGGGUUAUGCCUCAAGUCCCAGAUGGUGGACCUCAAAGCCGAGGGCUACUGGGAGGAACUAAUGGACGUAUUCCGGCCUGACAUUGUGAUUAAGGACUGGUUCGCUGCCAGAGCAGACUGUGGCUGCACCUACAACAUCCGCGUACAGCUGCUCUCAGCCACCAACAUCACCUUGGCCUCCUUCGAGCCCCCAACCGUGACCAUCCCUCAGUGGAGCGAUGUGGAGUGGACAGAGGUCUCCCACACCUUCUCAGAUUACCCUCCAGGUGUCCGCUACAUCCUUUUCCAGCAUGGGGGCAAGGACACCCAGUACUGGGCAGGCUGGUAUGGGCCCGGUGUCACCAACAGCAGCAUCACCAUCAGCCCUAAGAUGACCAGGAACUCAGCAGCCUCCACAACUUAGCCCAUGGCCUUGCAGGAGCAGGAACAGGAACAGAUGGACACUAGAGACUUGCUCUACCAACUCCCUGUCCACAUGCCCUUCUGACAGUCUGUAUCUGAUAGCCAUUCACCUGUCCUCUGUCCCCCAUCCCUGCCAAAGUGCCAAAUGCCAAAGGUCUCCCCCAGGCAAGAAAUGAGCCUAUUGUGGGGCAGGGAAGCCCCCGCCCUAGAACUUCCUGCCACAGUUCUAACUUUGGGCAAACCCACCAGUUUGUGGUAACUGUUAUGCAGCUCUCAC